UAAAGCUCCGUAAGGGCAAUGACAUUUAUGAAAAAACUGGGCAAGGUCUAAGUGUAACGAGACAUGAAAAUGGAAAUUCUAGACAAGCUGGCACAAGAAAUAUUUGCUCUGAAAGCCUACCCUGAGAAAUAUCAAAUAGUAUCGGUUGCCUCUGAACUUGUCAACAAACAUCCGUGCCUUAAGGAGCCUGGUAGCGGCACAGGAUACGAUGGUUGGACAACAAGCAUCAAAGUACAAACUUGGAAACUACCGAUCUAAACUGCGCCAGGCUGGAUGUAAUGAGGUCAGUGUAAACAGGAAAAGAGGGAGGGAUGACGAAGUUGAUGAGGGUAGGUUUUCCUUGAAAAAACCAAAGCGAGGUGAAGUCAAUCAUGUUCCUGAUCAUCCAGAAAACUACAAUGAUGAGACACUAGAAGACCAGAGAUGUGUCCUGGUGGGUGAAAUGAAAAAGAAGGGGAAAGACAUGGAACUCAUCAGACAGAAGAUGGACCUCACAUUCUCCCUUAGGAGAAAGGAGAUCGUGGAGGUGGAGCCCAUGGUCUUGGAAAUCCAGGAGAGAUGGCCUGCUCUUUUUCUGAGAGAACAGAUUUGUGAGGAGUUCUUCCGUGUCACUACUAAAGACCUGUUGGGGACCUUUAGAGCAGCCUUAGAUGAGUACUGUCCUAGACUGCUUAAGCUGUACCGUGCCAGGAGGGGAGCCUGUGGUCAAGACAUGGAAAAUCUCUUGGAUAGGCUUGAUGAACAGACAUCUGACAUUGCACUGCAUCGAAGGAAAACUUGCCUUGAAGGUCUACCCAUAUUUGUCCGUGACAGCAGAGAAGCUCUUCCUGAAAUGCCUGGACACUGAUGCAGUUGAUGGGCAGACCAGAGGUGUCAAGAUGGGUAUCCUGACUGUUUUCGUAGAUGAUGCACCUACCUUGCAGCCCACAGUCAACAGUAUCGACAUUGUGUUGGAGGAGGCCAUUGUCCUCACAGAUCUUCCAGACCUCCCCACUGCAUUUGCCUACCUUUUCGGCCUGCUCUAUGCCUUGAACAUGGAGUUUCCAAAAGAACUCAAGUACACUUUUGAAGCUAUUCAGCACAUCUUCAUGGAACUUUCUGCCAGUUAGAAUUGCCCACGUUUGCACUGUUAUUGUCAGCGUUUUUUGAGAUGUAGGCCUGUUUUGUGAUCACUCAAAGAGAAGUACAGUUAUGAAGUUGAGUAACAUGUUGUUGAGUCAGAGUAAGUAAGCCAAUUUUAAAUUGCCCAAAUUACAUUUGCACCGUGAUUGUCGGCAGUUGUGAUCCCUCAGAGAGAAGUACAGUUGUUGGAAGAGACUGUUGUCUUGCCAAUGUUUCUUGUGUAUAUACUGUAUAACUUGUUUUAAAAGUGGAGUAACAUGUUGCUGUUGAGGCAGAGUAAGUAAGCCUAUCUUAAAUUGCCCACAUUACAUUUGCACCGUGAUUGUCUGCAGUUUUAAGAUAUGGGCCUGUUUUGUGAUCCCUCAAAGUAGUACAGUUGUGUUGGAAGAGACCAUUGUCU